AUGGCCCCAAACAAAUUGAGUAGGGUUGGUUUUUCGAUAAGGAAAGAGACAGGGGAGUUGGCUGUAAUUGAGACAAUUCGGAUGGACGAUAUGGAUUUUUUCGAGAUGGUUAACCACUUUUUUAACCGUGAGAGGGAGGUCAUUCAGAACCCGCUGGCUCCAGAACGGGGGGCGCCUCCAGAGGCGCUGCCGCAGGCACCAGCACCAACGAAAGUUGCCCACCCCGCUCCCGAUCAAAACGAGCGUGCGGCACUUCGAAGGCACAUUCAAACUUUGAUUCGUGAGCAACUUCACGAACAUUGUGAAAAGGGGAAAGGACGGCUGCAAGCUAGAUAGGGCACUUUCCGGAAAUGACGGAAAUAUACUCCAGUGCCGCGAAGGCGAUAAUGUCUUACGAUCUGGAGAUCUCCGCGGAGACGGAUACGGAAACCCUCCGCAGAUGGGUGGAGAAUAUAAGGGGGGACCCUAAUCUCCUAAAGCCACUCAUUAGGGAAUAAAUACCGGCCAAAUGAGGAUGCACUCAACACUGCCGCUUUCUUUUUUUUUAUAACAGAGCCGUUAUUCCCGG